AACGCUAGGCUUGAGCCAAUCAAAUGGCCCCCGCUGCUUCGAUUGGUAAAAACUUCUGGUCAAUCAGAAGACAGAGCGCAUCGGAAACCGCCAGCCGCCACCGUUUGGAGCCGUGUGUCGUGAUACGUGUCGGAUAUCAACAACGGGUUGCGUGCUAUUUUUAGUGAAGAACAAAACUAAAGUGAAAAAGUGUCUAAUUUCAUUCGACUGUGCGUCGCAAAUCAGUGGAACUCUUGUGUUGAAGAGCCAGCAGCCAGCGGGAAAUCAACAAACUGCAAAAAAAUGGCAGACUGUACCGCCUCGGGACAAACCCCAACCGGGUCCAAACCGAGCGAAGCCCAGCGCAGCAUCGACGAGUUCUGGCCGGAGCAGAUGUCGGAAAUUCAACGCAUCAAACAUGUCGAACCGGGCAAUCAGGUGCUACCGUUAGCACGGAUCAAAAAGAUCAUGAAACUGGACGAGGACGUCAAAAUGAUCUCCGCCGAAGCACCGCUUCUAUUCGCCAAAGCAGCGGAAAUGUUUAUUCAAGAGCUGACACUGCGAGCUUGGCUGCACACCGAGGAUAAUAAGCGCCGGACGCUGCAGCGCAGCGAUAUUGCUAUGGCUAUUGCCAAGUAUGAUCAGUUUGACUUUCUGAUUGAUAUUGUGCCACGGGAGGAAAUCAAACCGGCCCGGCGAGAUCUUGGGGACAACAGGCAGGUCGUUUCGACGGAUGAUGUGCAGUACUAUCUGCAGCUAGCACAGCAACAUCAACAGGCCUUACAGGGUAGUAGUAGCAGCAGUGCUGCUACAAGCAGCGGUGCGAGUCCAGCUGCCAGUGGAAAUGUGGUUCAAGUGCAAACGGCACCAUCCGUCGCGCAGGUCAAAAUUCAACAACCGCAAAUCCAAACGAUGCAGCAGCAGCAGAUUACCACUAUCGCAGCUCCCAGUCCGAAUAUAAUCCUGACGAAUCCAGCGACGGGUCAAGCCACCAUACAAACUACAGCCCCAACUGCUACCAUAAAUCCCGCUCAACUUGCCCAAGGGCAACCGCUUCAGCUUGUGCAGCAAGUGCUGACACCGACCGGGGAAAUAACUCACAUUCCCAUCCCUUUGACACAAAGCCAGCUGAAUUUCAUCCGCUCACAGAUACAGCUGGGAGGUCCAACAACAAGCACGGGACAAACGGCGACUACCGCCACCGGACAACCAAUCAUCAUUCAGGCACCCCAACUGCAAGCGACACCCACCAUCAUCCAGACUGCACCCGCCGGCGUUUUUCUGAAUGCGGCACAGCUUCAACAGUUACAACAACAGCAACAACAACAUAAUCAACAGCAACAACACCACAUCAUCCAACAGCAAUCACAGCAGCAGCAACAAUCUCAGCAACACCAACAAUACGAGUAGAGUUAUUUUUACACCCCAACUGUAAAUAGAAUUAGAUGUUAAGGAAUAAUAACACAACCGAC